AUGGCGAGCACGGCGCUGGUGGAAGAUGAGGGAGGCUUUGGGGACGGGGAAAGGUUGGAUUUCCUCAAGGAACGCCACGUUCGCUUCUUUCAACGCAGCCUUCAGAUUUUGCCCGAACGCUAUUCGUCCCUGGAGACCAGCAGGUUGACAGUUGCUUUUUUUGCACUUUCUGGUUUGGAUAUGUUAGAUUCCUUAGAUGUUGUGAACAAAGAGGAUAUAAUAGAAUGGAUUUAUUCUUUGCAAGUCCUUCCCACAGAAGACAGAACAAACAUGCAUCGCUGUGGUUUCCGUGGUUCUUCAUAUCUAGGAAUUCCUUUCAAUCCAUCUAAGGGGCCUGGUAUUUCUCAUCCAUAUGAUAGUGGGCACAUAGCAAUGACUUACACUGGUCUUUGCUGCUUAAUUAUUCUUGGCGAUGACUUAAGCCGAGUAAAUAAAGAAGCCUGCUUGGCAGGACUCAGAGCUCUACAACUGGAAGAUGGGAGUUUUUGUGCAGUCCUUGAAGGAAGUGAAAAUGACAUGAGAUUUAUAUACUGUGCUGCUUGUAUAUGCUACAUGCUCAAUAGUUGGUCAGGGAUGGAUACAAAGAAAGCCAUUGACUAUAUUAGAAGAAGUAUGUCCUAUGAUAAUGGUCUUGCCCAAGGAGCAGAGCUUGAAUCACAUGGUGGCUCUACUUUUUGUGGUAUUGCAUCAUUGUGCCUGAUGGGUAAACUUGAGGAAGUCUUCUCUGAAAAAGAACUGAAGAGAAUAAAGAGAUGGUGUAUUAUGAGGCAACAGAAUGGUUAUCAAGGAAGACCCAACAAGCCUGUAGAUACCUGUUAUUCAUUUUGGGUAGGAGCAACUCUUAAGCUUCUGAAAAUAUUUCAGUACACAAACUAUGAAAAAAACAGAAAUUACAUUUUAUCAACCCAAGAUCGCCUUGUUGGUGGAUUUGCUAAGUGGCCAGAUAGUCAUCCAGAUGCUCUUCAUGCCUACUUUGGGAUUUGUGGCCUGUCUUUAAUCGGUGAGCCUGGCAUUCGAAAGGUUCAUCCUGCCCUGAAUGUAAGCACAAGGACUUCAGAACGCCUUCAACACCUUCAUCAGAUCUGGGCCACCCAGGACUCUAAACAGUCUUCAGAGGAAAUGCACAGUGCCACAUGACUGAGACUCUAUUUGAGCUUGGUAGCAUAAUUGUAGCCCAAGGUUCAAAGCCAUGUACAACCGAUGUGCUCUUUUAAAGUACUGGUAUCAUAGAAUCAAAUUCAUAUACUGGCAUCAACUUGACAGCUUCUGGAUUGGACUUUUUUUAAAAAAAUGCUUGCCUUUACAAAUGCAAAGAUAGAAGA